AUUUAAUACUACGCGUGAUGCCUCUUCGCACAGAGAAGGUGGGAGUUGUGACGCAUGUUUUAGCGCGAAUGUCGGUUCGGAGCUGAGCUGGGAACUACACCGAAACUCAGCAUGAGUGAAACGGAUAACGCCACCAUCAUCCUGGACUACUUAAAUGGGAUGAACCGUCCUUACGACGCUGAGACUAUUUUCUGUAACCUCCAGGAGCAGCACGGUUUGGGCAAAAAUGCGGUGGUGAAGGCCCUGGAGAGCCUGGCUCUGGAAGGGAAGAUUAAAAGGAAGAUAUUCGGGAUACAUAAGAUUUACUUUGCAGAUCAGGCACAGUUCAAAGAUGUAAGCGUCGCAGACUUGAAGAAGAUGGACGAUCACAUCUCAGGACUUACUGCGGAGCUUCAGUCUAUCAGCAGCAUCAACAAACAGCUGUCUGCAGAGCUGAAGGAGCUCAAAAAGACGCCCACCACGGAUGAAAUGGUAGCUGAGAUCCAGGAGCUGAAGGAAGAGUGCGCCACAGACAAAGCGCGGCUGGAGAAGAUCAAAUCGGCAGGUGAUUAUGUCCCGCCGGAAGAGAGGGAGAGGGUGUGUAAAGAGCGGGACCUUUAUGUGGAGGAGUGGAGGAAGAGGAAGAGACUGGCUUUAGACAUGAUCGAUGCGAUCAUGGAGGGAUAUCCGAAAAGCAAAAAAGAACUCCUCGAGGAAAUCGGAAUAGAAACUGACGAGGACCACGGUGUUGUGAUUCCAGACAAGUGAAAGACAGGUUUUAUUUAUAGCAAGUUAAAAUAUAUUUGUAUUUACAUGAGUUGUUGAUUGUUGCGGUAUGUUCUGGUACAAUGUUUAUCUUCCCUUUCAACGUUAAAAACACCCCUGAGGCUGAAAUAACUAUAUGUUAAACCUCUUUUCUUGGUGUUUAUGAGAGUUAAAUACGUGUAAGAAACUGGUGUUGUUUAAGCAGUCACCUGUUGUGCGGCAUACGAAGACACACCACAUGUGUGUCCUUGUGUAUUUGGAUCUGAUUGCUGUUGAAAAACCAACAAUUCAAAAGAAUCAACACGUUAUAAUUUACAUAAACACAGUAAAACAAUUUUGGUUGAACUCGCUGAUCCUGACUAAGGUUGUGUGAAAUCCAGAGCAGUGUUUCGGAAAUCUCUUCAGCUGGUGCUUGUGCAGUGUGUGAGUUCACAGAGAUAUUAAAGUGUUGAGUUGAAGCCUGUUAGUGUGU